UGUUUUCUUUUACUCUAGUCAGGGAUUAUUUUCUGAUUUUAAAUGCCAUACUUGAGAUGUAAGCAGUAGCCURCAGCUAACCAUUUCGGAUUAUAUAACAGUGUAUGUAAUAAUGUGCUUUGUACGUAAGAAUUAAGCUUAAGUUAAGUUAUUAUAAGCUUAUUAAGUAAGCUGGUUAAACAGUUCACCGGUAGGCAGAAAACAUUGAAUUCAGAAAAUGUCAAAACCAGAAUAGAGCACUUGUAAGAAGUGCCAAAUUACUAGUGCCAAAUUACUUUUCUAUAACUUACUCACUCAAAAACAAAUCUGCUCUUUGACCUUUUUUGAAUCAAAACUUUGCAACGCGACUUCUGCAUAUGGUGCAGUGGCCAAUACUGACAAAGACUGAAAGAUGACGAAYGAUUGUCUCGCUGGYCAGACGGUAGUUCAGCUUCAUCUUCAUGCCAGUAGUGGAUACCCCAUCAGACUUGAACCACAAACACCCCAAUACAACAUUAGAGUAACAGCAAUUGAACAGCACAAUAAUAAUUCCCAUACAGCAAAGGACAAGGACAUUAACUUGAAGAUUCUUAGAAAACACAAUUGUAUYGAUGUAUGUGCCAAAGACCAUAAUGAGAUAUUUCAAGAAAGUGAUUUUUUCAUAUACUCAACAUCCAUAGUGGAURUGUCUUCUCUUGUAUUCCAAAUAAAUGUGCAUAGACGUAUAAAUGAUGUUACAAGUGUUGCUGGUCAUGGAUAUUUACCAUCAUCACAGAUGACAAAUAGCACUGGUUCAGUCAUAGUCACUAUACAUAAUGAAAGCAAGCAGUAUAUUGGGACCAUUUCAGGUUAGUAAC